CAAAAAAUAGUUCAUGUGGCAACUUGUGAUCGAACAUUUUAAGUGGAUUACAUAGCCCGAGAUACAACCAAGUAUUUUUAGUUUAUAAUAAACAUAAAAUCCACAGUGAUUUUGAGUAAGUUUAUGUUUGUUAGGCAAAAAUCUGAAGAUCUAGCUGUUGGUUUGGUUGGAUGAUCCAGUUGUAAGAGCUCCAACAUUAUCGGAACCAAAAAAACAGCAACAAAUUUCUGACCAUUCCAAUCUCAAAAUGGCUAAUCUGCUGGAACAAUCUUACUCUAAACACAAUAUGAAGAUGGCCAUGUUAAAUCACGAACAAACUUUUCGUCACCAAGUUUAUGAACUGCACAGAUUAUACAGAAUUCAGAAGAUGUUGAUGAAGAACAUAAGAGAAAAGAACAGGGGAAAAACAGAGGAAGAAGAAGAAGAAGAAGAAGGUGAAGAAGAAAUUGAUUUUAUUGAAGAAAGUGAGAUUGAAUUAACAUUGGGGCCUUCAAAUUACAGUAAUCAAAUUGGUGGAAAAACAGGAAGAAGAAGAAGAAGAAUGAAGAAAUUGGGUGAAGGUUCAGAUUCUGGGAUGAGUUUCUCUGCUUCUUCUUCUUCAACCAAUGGAUCUGCUCAGAAAAUUAAACAAUUUUACAGAGAUGGAGAGUUCGUUGAUGGCUCUCAAAUGGGUUUUUUGGGAUUUCUUGAUGUUCAAGAUGAAAUCAAGCUUUCACAUCACCAUCCAAAUCCGUGGCUCUGUCAAGUUGUAAGCCUUAAUCUCACUUGAUUCUCAAAUUUUCUUUUUUAUGUUCUUCAUUGGGUUUUUUCUUUUCUUUUUUACCUUAGUUUUCAUUCCCUUAUCAAUGGCUGAUUCAGAGUGUUCUCUGUGUACAAGUUUAUAACCAAGUUAAUAUAAUUAUCAUUAGGCCUU